CUUUACACUUAAUUAAUAAUAUCCAUAGGCUUGGGUUAGACUAGCAAAAUCAUCAUCUUUAUGACAUAAGACUUAUAUAAUAAUCCAGCUGCUGCUCAGUUAUUCAGUCAAAUUUUUGUAAAGCACAUACAUAUGUAUACAUUUACCAAUUAAAUACAUUUCACAUUUCGUAUUUAGUAUGGCUAAAUCAGCACAACAAUCAAAAAAACUUGUAAUCCCUGAAAACGAGAUAUUAGCAUUUGCGAUUGAUCAUGAAACACCAGUUUAUUUGUAUGAUGAAGCUUUAAUUAGAUCAAUUUGUAAAAAAUUGAAAGCGUCGUUUAACUGGGCACCUGGCUUCAAAAAUUACUUUGCCGUGAAGGCGACGCCAAACCCUUCAAUUCUUGAAAUUCUUAAGGAUGAGGGGUUUGGAGUCGACUGUAGUUCCAUGGCAGAGUUGAUGUUGGCAGAAUUGGUUGGAUUUUCUGGAAAUGAUAUUUUCUUUACAUCGAAUAAUACUCCAUUAGAUGAGUACACAAAGGCCAAAGGACUUGGGGCAAUAAUUAACCUAGAUGAUGUGUCUCAUGUCGAAUUUAUCCAUGAAACCAUCGGGCUUCCAGACCUAUUAUGCUUUAGAUACAAUCCAGGACGGUCAAGGACUGGAAAUGUCAUCAUAGGAGACCCAGAAAACUCCAAGUUUGGCAUGACAAAAAAUCAGAUAUUUGCAGCAAUCGAGAAGUCACUGAAUUUGGGAGUAAAAAAGUUUGCCCUGCAUACCAUGAUUAUAUCUAAUUGUUUGAAUGAAAGUGAGAUUUUCGCAAAUGCAAAGAUGAUGUUUGAUCUGGUUGUAGAGAUCUUUGAGAAAACUGGAGUCAAUGUAGAAACUGUAAAUUGUGGUGGCGGGUUUGGAAUUCCGUAUAGACCGGAGGAUCGGGAUUUUGACCUUGAUACCCUAAGUCGAAAUAUGCAAGAAUAUUUUAAGGGUUUGCUUACAAGAGACGGCGUUAAACCGUUUAAUAUUGUGUUUGAAUGCGGACGUUACAUAACUGGACCUGCAGGCAUGCUCGUUACUCGAAUUCUUCAUCUCAAGAAAAGUUACAAAAAUUUUAUUGGAGUUGAUGCUAAUAUGGCCAAUUUGAUGAGGCCAGCUCUGUACAAUUCCUAUCAUCAUAUUGUUCACAUUAAGGAUCCCAACUACGGCAUCAUUAACAGCAAGCUGAAGAGGUCUUUAUCUGAGCAAUCACAAGACGGAGUUUACGAUGUUGUCGGAAGUCUGUGCGAAAACAACGACAAACUUGCAAUAGAUCGGUUCAUAGGACACAAUGUAGAAAUUGGAGAUCUACUUGUAAUUCUUGACGCUGGUGCUCAUGGUCACUGCAUGGGUUUCAACUACAAUGGGAAACUACGAUCAGCCGAAUACCUUAAAACAUCAAGUUCAUCUGGUUCAUUAAUUGAAAUAAGAAGACGUGAAACUUUAAAUGACUAUUUCUCCACUAUAAACUACAAAUGCAGCAAAUAAUUUUUUUAUCAAUAUAAUUUUUAAACUGAAAAUAACUCUAAUGUUUUUAUUGUUUUUCUAAUUCUCAUGAAUUUUCAAAAAUAUCUUUGCACUCCAGUAACAUUUCCAGCUACGAUAAAUAUUAUUUGUAUUUCAUAUAUUUGCAUGAAUUUACACAUAGAUAAAUAGAUAAUGAUCAUUAUUUGUUCUGCGGCUUCAACUUAAAAAUAAAUUUCUGUAUUCUAUUUAAU